AUGCCAGGUGGAGGCCUAUUCUCUAAUUGCUCCGAACAUUAUCCAUUUGAAAACUAUUUCGUAAAUUGUACAAACACAACACGUCCGUGUGAACUCAUUCAUGAUUUUGCAAUUGUUGCUCAAUUACUCUCAAUUCUUGACUUCUACAUUUCAUCUGUUCUUUUUCUGUUAGCUGGAAUACUCAAUGUGUAUUUCUUAUGGAUCACAGUUCCAUUGUAUCUUAGUUUCAAUGAUGAAACCAAAAAACGAUAUAUUUUUGUUAUCAGUCGAUGUAUCUCAUCAAUCAGUGCGGCAGUCACUCUUCUUAUCCUCAGAUGUAUUCUAUAUGUUUAUUUUCCACCGGAAACUUCUAAUUAUUAUCUUUAUGCUAUCGUUAUUAUUGCUGAUGAUAUCAGUUUUUAUAGUUUGCAAGGAUCCUAUAUCGGGAUGGCUACCCUUUUAUAUAUCGGAGUUAUCCAUCCCGUCUACUUUUCCACUCGUUUAACUCUUCGAAAAAUCAAAAUAUUCGCGGGAAUCAACGUGAUCAUCGCUGCUCUCAUAUCGUUUCCAUGUGGAGCACUUCAAACUGCCACAUAUGUUCCUGGACCGGUUGAAUGUGGAUCACAACAUUGUGGUCCGAUUGUCGGACUCAUCAACUGCAAGUGA